ACAGGACACAAGUAGAUAGAGCUGGUCUCAGACAAACCCCGGAGAGCCACAGAGAGGAAGAAAAGUGGGCGAUGUUGCAGCUAGGAUCUUGUUUAUGGACAUUGUGGGAAGGCUGCUGAUACAGUCCAUCCAAACUGAGAGGUCGAGAUAGCCUCAUCGCCGCAGUAUUUUUAGAUCACUUCUUGAAAGGAAUACAAAAAUGUCGUCUCCAAGUCCGGGCAAGAGGCGAAUGGAUACCGACGUGGUGAAACUCAUUGAGAGCAAGCACGAGGUCACCAUCCUCAGUGGACUCAACGAGUUUGUGGUCAAGUUCCAUGGACCACCUGGAACUCCGUACGAAGGGGGUGUGUGGAAGGUUCGGGUGGACCUUCCAGAUAAAUACCCUUUCAAAUCGCCAUCAAUAGGAUUCAUGAAUAAAAUCUUUCAUCCCAACAUCGAUGAAGCGUCAGGCACUGUGUGUUUAGAUGUCAUUAACCAGACCUGGACAGCGCUCUAUGACCUCACCAACAUCUUUGAGUCGUUCCUCCCUCAGCUGCUCGCCUACCCCAACCCCAUCGAUCCUCUGAACGGGGACGCAGCUGCCAUGUACCUGCACCGACCAGAGGAUUAUAAACACAAGAUCAAAGAGUACAUCCAGAAGUAUGCCACAGAGGAGGCUCUAAAGGAGCAGGAGGAAGGAGGGGGCGACUCUUCCUCGGAGAGCUCCAUGUCAGACUUUUCCGAGGACGAGGCUCAGGACAUGGAGUUGUAGUGAAGGGGGAGAUGGUGCCCACUUCACCUCACAACAGACUGUCGUUUCCUAAAGAGCAGAAACUCAGUGCUAUAUUCAUAUUUAAACAAGACAAUUUUUUACAGCAACACAAGGAUUUUUAUUGCUACACAAGGAUUUGCAGUAUGAUAUUGCAGAAUAUUAACCCCUUAUUUAGGAAAUCAUCACCAUCUGCCCCUUCCCCCUCCUCCUCACCCCAGCAGAGCCUGUUUAGAUCAGAAAGGAGUGCAUCAUUCAGUUCCAUGAUCUUUAGUUGCGGCCACUGCUUGACCGAGUCUAAACUGAGCAGUGAGACCAGCGCAGGAGGCAGGAGGCCUGCUGUCGCAACAAAACUAGACUGUUUACACUCAGUUUCCAUCCCUCGCCAGCUUCUCGGUUGUAACAUGUUAAAGUUUAUUUCCUUUUUUUUUUCAUUUCUGGUCUUUACUCAGCAUUUUUACUGCCUCAUUGUCGGCAUCUUUUCCUCGCCUCGACAGAGGUCUGCAGGAUGACUGCAGGAUCCACUAUUUCUGAGCAAUCUCAACUUCAGAAGAGAGUGGACCCCUUCCCCCCUUUUUUUUCAUUAUUAAAUGUCACCUUUCAUUUUAGUUUUUGACACUGCCGCCCUGAGGAGCUGCCAUUUACAAUCAUCACUUCUGAGGAACCGAAGACCAGAAGGCCACCACAGUGCGGUCAUGAGCUCAUCGUGUACAGACUGGUGGCUGCAGACGGCCUCUCUGACAGGACUGCCCUCUGCGCAGACCUGCUUACACAUCAUGCGCACUAUCAAACAACCAAUGCAUCAACCAUGACAACACCACAGCGUGUGUGCGUGAGCGUGUGUGAGCCUGUGUGCAUGCAUGAAUGUAAUCCAGGGAGAAUCAUGGCGUAUUGAUAACCCGUGUUGUACUGACCCCUGAUGCUCAGCAGAAGUGGAGGAGAAGGUUCACAGUCCCGAUCCUUCUCGUCUUCAACACUCAUCUCCUCCUCCUUCUCCUCUCCGUUUUAGGAAAGUGUUUGUUAUUCUCUGAGUAUCUUUGUAUAUUGUGGCAUGACACAGAAGUAAAGUUUGUGUAGGGCUUUGUGGAGCUGUAACGCUGUAGACAUGAAGAGGACGCCUGUGCGCAGGGCCUCUGUGAGCCUGUCGGAUUUUGGUGGGGAUAAUCCAGGUCCUUGUUGAAUUGUUGAACUUCUUAACUUUGCCUAUUGCUUGUGUUGAACUAUAAUAGGUGUUUGACUUGCGUAGGGAUAGUUAGUUUUUUUGCGGGUGGUGAAUUCUAUCAUAAUGUAUGGUUUAAUACUUAUAUAACACACUAGUUUAAAGACUAAUUGUCCUGUAAAGAUGAGGAGAACUAAUGCAUCUUUGUCUGUGGGAUGACUCUUUGUUGAAUCAAAUCCUCCAAAGACGUGUUGCACCCCUGCUCCCCUGCACUCCUUUCUUAUGCAAAUGUGUCCAUCAAAGAUAAUUUACGUUGUCAGACAGAAGUGCUCUUUGUUUCAGCCAUUCAACACUGUCGCAUUUACUUUUGUCACGCUGUUGAUGGCCUGUUGUUUUCCAAAAUGGCGGGACCAAAAUAUGAUGGAUCUACAAUCUUAGUUUGAUAUAUUACCCCCCAAAUGAAAAAAAAAAAUUGAAGUAAACAAACACGCAGAAAAUCCUCCUCGGACUGGAUUUGGGGAUAAGGAGUUUACUUUUAAGGUUCAACAAGAAGUUAAAUGAAUAAUGUUCCUCAAAGUGUCAAACUAUUGUGUGGCCAUCUCAAAUUA